AUGACUGAUCUUCUUCCCUCCAGUGUUGGCGACCAGCAUCGCGGCGGACCCGCAAUCAUCGGGAUGCCCAACAAUUCGAGUGCCUCCACGGCAAACCCCUUUGAAGAGCCCCAGCGACGGAUAAGCGAAUAUACAGCAUCUGAAAUCGCCACCUUGCAAUCACGCCUUGAUAGGCAGUUGGGACCAGAAUACAUCUCAGCACGACCCGGUGCUGGAGGGCAGAAAGUGCACUAUCUAUCGGCAGAUAAAUGCAUCAAUCUCGCCAAUGAGGUCUUUGGAUUCAAUGGCUGGUCCAGCUCCAUUCAAAAAAUUGACAUUGAUUUUAUCGAGGAGAACCAAAACACAGGCAAAAUUACCCUUGGUCUAUCAGUUAUCGUCCGGGUGAUACUGAGAGACGGCACAUUUCACGAGGAUAUUGGCUACGGCCACAUCGAGAACUGCAAGGGCAAAGCAGCAGCGUUCGAGAAAGCCAAGAAAGAAGGGACAACAGAUGCAUUGAAGCGUACACUGAGGACUUUCGGCAAUGUUCUAGGCAACUGCGUCUAUGACAAGGACUACCUUUCCAAGGUUACUAAAAUCAGAGUCACAUCGAAUAAAUGGGAUGUCAAUGAGCUACAUCGUCACCGUGACUUUGCGCCUGUCAAAAAAGAGCCUGUUCAACCAAAGCGGGUAGCUGAAGAUGAUGAUUUGCCUCCGCCGCCCACCGUCGCGCCCGCAAGAAGCAGUAACUCAAGCAAUGCGAUUUUUGAAGGUGACGGCGAGUUCGGAAGUGAUUUAUUCGAUGAAGCCGAUUUCGUGGUGUCUGCCUCGAAUGGAAACCCCGACGAAAUAUCAUUAGACCCAGAGCCGCCACGCCAACAACAACCACCCACGCCUAUGAAUCGCCCCAUUCCUCCCCGAGGGCCACCAGCAGGGCGGUUCGACCAAAAUGCCGUAACACCUUCAAAGCCAGAAAGAUGGAAUGGAGGAAACCCAGCUAUAAGGCAGUCAAUGCCACCGAUGGCGCGCCCGAACCCAGCAACCGUGCAAGACCAGAGACGUCCGAUGCCUGGACCCGGCCAGCUCAAUAAUGUGCACACCGCAAAGCCCGGAAUGCCGCCUAAACCACAGUCCGGUCCUGGUCCCCAAAUGCAAAACAAUAACGCACAGGUGCCAAUCAAGUCAGAACCUGGUCCUGGUUUCAACGACUCAAAUCAGCCACCUGCUUCUCAAUCGGUUGGAUUCUACUCUGCUAGAGUGGCUGAUACUCUGCGUGAUAACCCAAAUGCGGUCCCUCUUCCAGGAACUCAAUUUGAUCCACACGCAGAAAGCCCGUCUAUUCGCAAAACUGCCGGUGUUGACCAUACCAAGAGUGUUCCCAUAUCCAGGCCAAUGCUCUCAACCGCCUCGCCAGUAGCCAAUAACUCGCGGGACUAUAUUAAUCCUGCAACCGAUUUGCAGCGCAAGGUCGGUGCUCCAGGUGGACCACCUGGUGGCAUGGGUAGUCCUCUAUCUCGAGGCCCGUCAACAUCAUCAUACCGUCCCUUAACCCGCCCAAACGUGGAUGCCAGGAACAACCCCGCCGCCAUGAACCGAGGAAGCGUGCCUCCCCAAAACAAUACGAACGGGAAACGUCCCCCUUUAAAUGAUGUUACCAACGCUACUACAUCUCCUGAUGCGAAUGCUGCCCCUGUUCCAAUGGGCCAGAGUGACCCCAAGCGACCUCGAGUGUCUGAUAUUGCUCCUGGACAACAACAAGCACCCCAGGCCCCACAAUAA